AAAUUUUUAGUGGCAGCAUCAUGGCUUCUUCUACUUCUACUUCUAUUCCAAAACCAAGGCUCGAAAAUAAGGUAGCUAUUGUUACUGGUGGAGCUCAAAGCAUUGGAGAAUGUAUUGUGAGGUCGUUUGUAAAGCAUGGAGCAAAAGUAGUUAUUCUUGAUGUCAAAGAUGACUUGGGAGAAUUGGUUUGUCAAGACUUAGGUGUUGAGUUCGUAUCUUUCGUUCACUGUGACGUAACCGUUGAAUCAGACGUAGAGAACGCCAUAAACGCCACAAUCGCUAAGCAUGGGAAACUAGACAUCAUGGUUAACAAUGCAGGGAUUCUCGAUGAGCCAAAGCUUAGCAUUUUAGACAACGACAAGGCAACCUUCGAGCGUGUUAUCAGUGUCAAUUUAAUUGGAGUGUUCUUGGGAACCAAACAUGCAGCACGAGUGAUGAUCCCAAAAUGCAGUGGGAGCAUCAUCACAACUGCAAGUAUAUGUUCUAUCAUAGGUGGGUUUGCAUCUCAUGCGUACACAAGCUCAAAGCAUGGUGUGGUUGGACUAGCAAAGAACGUUGCAGCUGAACUAGGGAAGUAUCAAAUUCGUGUCAAUUGUAUAUCGCCCUAUGUUAUACCAACUCCGUUGUCAAUGAAGUUCUUCAACAUGGAUGAAAACUCGAGUGUAUACUCAAACCUUAAGGGAAAGACACUUGGACCACAAGAUAUUGCAAAUGCAGCUCUUUUUCUAGCAAGUGAUGAGUCUGAGUAUGUGAGCGGACAUAACUUGGUCGUAGAUGGUGGUUACACCGUUCUCAAUCCUGCAUUUGGCUUGUUUUCCUUGGACAAGAUAGAAUCCUAGAUCACUACAUCAUUCUUAGGUUUUGUGUGUGUGCUUUCAUUCCUUUUAUGUUGUUGUUUUCUUGGUUGAAUAAGAUUGUAUGCUCAUACCAAAUCCUCAUAAUAACCAAGUGAGAGCACUUUAUAAGACCAAAA